UUUUAUAUUUGCUUCGUUAUGUGUUUAAUGCACUGUUGGUCUGACUUAUAGUAUUGUACUAUCUGUGUAUAUUAUAUAUGUACAUUAUAUAUUAUAAUGACGCCUGCAAAAAAUAAAACACUAGACUCUCAACCAAAAAGCAUAAACCCACCUGUUACGUACGAAGUCUUUGAAAAAUUAAUUGAAAAUCUACGGGACAUUGGUUUUAAGAUACAACUCAGCGAAGAUGUAGGUCCUGAGAUAAAAACAUUGGACAAAUGCAUGAAGUAUUAUUACAAUGCCUUUUAUGAGGAUGAAUGCGCCAUUCGCUCCCAAUAUGAGUUUAAGGUGCGACCCUGCCCGCUCUCCGUUAGGGAGAAGUUGUUGGCAAUGCCCGCUGCGGGCAGAACUUCUAAUAGCAAUAGUCCGACACCGAUGGAGGAGCAUUUGGUUACAGUGAGGGAUGCCGGAAAAUUCAUAUUUCCUGUUUCGUUCGACAUGUUUGAGAAUUACAUAAACAAGGACAAACUGCUGCCGUCGCUUGUCAGAAAGGAGACGACUAGCAGUAGGGAGCGCAGAUCUAUACUGGCCAGUGAGUCCGCUUGUCGAAACCUUUUGCGCAAAUACUACAAUUCCUUCUACAUAUUUCCAAAUGCACGCAAGCUACACAAAUAUAAUUUUGAGAAAGCACCUCCUGAAUUACAGUCGCAAUUGCUACAAAUCGCCCGAAAACACACCGCAGACACCGCUCCAAAGAAUACAAAAUCAUUUGUAGACUUAUGCGCCGAAAGCAGCUCAGAUGGAGAUGAGACGGCCAGUGACGUUGUGGAAAACAGACCACAGGAUAACAACGAUAUCCGGAAACCUGAAAAUGAAUCAUCCACGGAUCACAAUUUGAACAAAACACACAGAACUACAACAGAAACUGUGGCUGAUUUGGAAACGAAUAAAAGGUUGGUCUGGUAAGUUAAGAACAUUUAUGGAACCAGAGAGGAGUGGUUUCACGAGACACGUAAGAAGACUGCCUGCCACCGGAUCCAUCCAGAUGAUCUAAGACUUACAAGGCGUAGUCCUAGCUGCCAUUAGACCGGAAACACCUGAGCGAAUGAAACAAAUAUAACGCUUAGCUUAGCAUUUGAUUGUUGACUAAAAUGUGAUUGUUUUAUAGAUAGAUUAGGAUUAGGUGGCUGGAGACAUUUGCGAGGCACCGACUGUCCCUGAUGUCCUGCUUAUUCGCUGUAUUUUCAAAUCCAUUUCGCUCAAUAUUUGUAUUUGAAACCCAAUCUUUGUAUCGUUUUUUUAUCGUCUGCAAGACAUCUUGCAAUCGAAAGAGAAAUAGCCUUUAAUUGAAAUAAAUAACACCAUUGGCCAUUUGCCUAAUAAA